CGAAGUCCUAGUUAAUUACGGAAUUGCCCCUUCCCCAUUUCAUUCAGGAGGCUCCACUUUCCAACUUCUUUGCGGAGUUGUAUAGAAUCCGCCUUCAAGGCUCUUUAACAAUACAAAACCUUUUGCAAUUUCUCCACCGACUCAAUCUUUGCAUCCCUUCUCAAUUUGAUACUCAAAAUAUCAAAUUCGAUCGGUUUUAUUUUCUCCGUUCAAAAACCCUAAGAUCCUCUCUCCGGUAUUCAACCACCGAAUUAGGGUUUCAGUUCUCCAAUCCCAGAGGCACACAGAGAGCGAACGAUAGCCAUGGAUGAUAGCUGCGCUGUGUGUGCCGAUACUCUCGAAUGGGUCGCGUACGGGGCUUGUGGACAUCGCGAGGUGUGCUCCACCUGCGUCGUUCGUCUCCGCUUCAUCUGCCAGGAUCGCCGAUGCUGCAUCUGCAAGACCGAGUCCGACGUCGUUUUCGUCACCAAGGCUCUAGGAGAUUAUACAAGGAUGAUUAGUGACUUCUCAGUCUUGCCAUCUGAAGUAAGGGAGGGUCGUGUGGGAUCAUAUUGGUACCAUGAGGACACACAAGCGUUUUUUGAUGACGUGGACCACUACAAGAUGAUCAAGGCAAUGUGCAAGCUUUCAUGCAGCGAAUGUGACAGGACGGAGGAGCAAUCAAAUGACGGCCCGAAGCGUCGGGGGAAGAUUCGGAACGUUGAACAGCUGAAGGGCCAUUUAUUUCACAAACAUAGGUUGUUCAUGUGCUCAUUAUGUUUGGAAGGGAGGAAGGUGUUUAUUUGUGAACAAAAAUUGUAUACUAGAGCACAAUUGAAUCAGCAUAUAAAUUCGGGUGACUCUGAAGUGGAUGGAACUGAGAGUGAAAGAGGUGGCUUCAUGGGACAUCCUGUGUGUGAGUUUUGCCGAACCCCAUUCUAUGGGGAUAAUGAACUGUACUCCCACAUGUCUACCGAACACUAUACUUGUCAUAUAUGCCAAAGGCAGCAUCCUGGACAGUAUGAAUAUUAUAAGAAUUACGAUGACCUGGAGAUGCACUUCCGCCAUGGUCAUUUCCUAUGUGAAGAUGAGUCCUGCCUUGCCAAAAAGUUUGUUGUCUUUCAAUCUGAGGCAGAAAUGAAGAGGCAUAAUACGAUUGAACAUGGAGGGCGUUUGUCUCGUUCUAAGCGUAAUGCUGCUUUGCAGAUACCAACCAGCUUCCGGUAUCAACGAACAAGUGAGCAAGAUCAUCGACGUGGAAGAGGUGGAAGAGGUCGUACUUUUCGUCGUGAUUCUUCUGAAAACCAACUUUCUAUGGCUAUUCAAGCAAGUUUGGAGACAGCUCAUGCUGAAAAUACAUUCCAUGAUCCUUCAUCCUCCAGUGGGCAAGUUGCUCCACAUCUUGGAGAUAUAAGCGAUAUUGAUCCAAUUGUUGACCCAUUUGAAUCAUUAACUACAACGGAUAUCGAAACAUCUUCAAGGUAUCGUCAAGCCUUGGGGCAUAGUUCUAGUAAUGCACCUUUGGAGGAAUCUUCCUUUCCUCCCCUCUCAGUGGCACCUAGCAGCAGUCAAUCAAACCCCAGAUCUGACUCGGAUGGUUUGCCUAAUAACACCAUGGCAGCACAUCUUCGGCGCAAGAGCAACCGCAAGGUGGCUGUUAAUAGCUCUGGUCAGGCUUGGCCAGCAGCAAGGCGUGGGCCUGUAGUACAACCUACUAGUUCAGCUCAGGCUUGGCCUACAACAAAUGUUUCACCUAUAAUAUCUGGUGGUUCUGGUCAGAACAAUGGGCCCAGACCAUCUAGUUAUGCAAGUUCUGCUCAGGCUCAAGUCGAGACUAGACAGACAACAGUUUUGCGCGGUUCUGGUCAGAACAAUGGAUCCAGACCAUCAAGUUAUGCAAGUUCCGCUCAGGCUCAAGUUGAGACGAGACAGACAACAGUACAUGGGUUAUCAUCAUCUGGUUCUUUGUGGGAUUCAAGCAAAACCAAGUCUGGUAGGAUCAGCCACUCUACAUCAGCUCCGAAUUUGGUUGAAAAUGGAUCUGUACAACCUUCGGUUUCAGAUUUUCCUCCAGUUUCUGCAGCACAAGUGCGUAAGUUUCCCACAACUAGCCAGGCUGUAUUGAAAGUGGGGGAUGUUCAAACUGCUAAUAAGUCUUUGGUGGAAAAGAUUCGUGCCGCUCUUGAAUUUGACGAAGACAAAUACACUACCUUUAAAGACAUAUCUGGACAGUAUCGUCAAGGUUUAGUCGCCACAGAAAUAUAUUUAGAUUUUGUGCGGCAGUUUGGCUUGUUGCAUCUUGUCCUUGACUUGGCUAGACUCUGCCCUGAUGGUCAGAAGCAGAAAGAGCUGAUCGAUGCCUACAAUGCUAGUAUUCGAAACAAUAUUGCACAAGGCGAUGGAUGGUCUCAGGGCAAUGUCCGCUUGAAAGAGGGUAAUAGUUCUAAGAAGGGUAAAGGGAAGAUUUCAGAGGCUGAAAACAGCAUUUCUAAGAACACACUAGCAGAUAGCUUUCUUAGCUCUGUACAGGAACUUCAAUCAAACUACAGGCCUUCUGAAGAAGCAGUGGAGGUGUUGCCAAAGGAUGGGUACCGUGCUGCCAAAGAAAAAUCAAAGCUGUUAGUUAAUGAGCACCAAGAGGAAUUAAACUCCCGCAGUCAACCUCUAGUGCAACUAAGGGGCGAAAAGGAUUCCCAGACAACUGGUGGUGGACCUAAUCCAAAUUUAGGGAAUGGGGGUGGAGGGAGUAAGCAGCGUAAGAAAUCCUCAAAGUUUCAUAGGGUCCGCCUGGGUGAUGGCUCUGCUGCAGCGCUUUUAGAUCUCAGAAAUUCUGAUCCGCAGCCAGAUGCUGGUAAUGAGCGAUUAGAUGGGAGCAGUAACUCAGCUGGAGGAUUGCCUGUUCAAGGUGUCUGGCGAAAGGGAACUCAGAAACUCUUUAGUUAGAGGAAAGAGCUAAGUUAUCAGAUUUUUUGUUAAAGUGUCCUGCGUUUACAAAUGGAACCAGUAGUGCAUGGAAAAGAGUUCAGAGGUGGUCCUUGUGUUUAACCGACUGGGUUUGCUUGUCGUGGCAAUUUUGAGGUUUUUCUUGUUCUUUUGAAGGAUCUUGCCUGAUUGGGCUUAUAUGCGUUCACAUGAUCACAUCUUCAUAUUUGUCAUCAUUAUGCAAGUGUUCAUAUAUACUCUUCGGAAUGAGAAUGCAGAGGUUUGAGACUUGAUACAGUUUUGGUUAA